AUGUGUCAGGUUGAAUGCAUCAAUUAUUCCUAUUGUUCAUAUUGGUACAAAGCAUCUCAGGCACUUUACACGUUCGGGUUCGUCAUUUUGUUGUCCACGGUGCUGCUCGCAUUCGUUCACGUCCUCUGCAGGUGUUGCUGUCAAAAAGCGUUCUCUUUAUCAACUGUCAUCGGCUCUCUCAUAUUUUCUGCCCUGAUCUUAAUAGGAGCAGCAGUUGGAGUAUUCAUAGGCUUUCAAUACAAAGAAAACAACGUGCAGAUAUUGGGCGAGAGCAGUGCGAGGCAUUUCUAUUACGCAUUGUAUGUGGCCAUCGGUGGUUUGCUCUCUGCUUUUCUUUCUUCCAUACUCUUCCUUGCCGACGGAUGCCAAAACCAAGUACCAUACGAUGGCUACCAGACCGCCAGGAUGAUUUAAUGUUCUAUGUGAUGUCUUAGGUGUAUGAAUGAUUAGAUCAACGUUCGAAAACUUUGAUAUCGCUAUUUACAAUUGAGUGGAAUUUUUACGUAGUUUGACCUUUUUUUCUAUUAUAGAAAUUUGUUCCUAUUAACAUUUCUAUUAUCGUGUUUCAUGAAAUUGAGAAUUUGAAAUUCUUCGAAGCCCGAUCACAAACUGUCUAUUUAUUUUAUACGUUGUUUUGGCAAAGCGAUUAUAGAAAUAUAUUUGACUGAAAACGGAUCUGUAUGCAUCUCUUUCUAACUAUUGUACUGAAAUUGUUAAAUAGAAUGUCAACAUUUUCUAAUUUUUUUUUUGAAAAAUAUUUAAUUAUUUAUUAAUGUAAUUUUUACGAUUUUAAAAUUAGAAAUAUCUUACGCGUUGUUAAUAAUAUAAUAAUAAUAAUAAUAGUAAUAAUAAAUAAACUGAUAGUAAUAAUUAUGAUGAGUUUCUUUUCUAAU